GUUAGUGGUAGUGGUAGCGCAGUGGAAAUUCUACAGAGGAGAAUCAGUCUCGGUUCUCGUCAUGGUUUUGGUUUUAGUACACGACUCUACAUUCCAAACUCGAGCAACUAAAACUCAGUGAAACAAAAUGUUUAAAUAAAAACCUUAAAAAAACCAAUUAAUAAUGUUAAAAGUAAACCGCUUUAAAACUAACUUAAAUGAAAAUCUUUAAAACAUCGUUCAGCAUUCGCCCAAGAUAGUUCGUUCUGCUAUUGCUACUCAUGGAAAAGCAACAUUGUUAUUACUUCAAAGGAAGGCCACGAUUACUGACGCUCAUACUUCUUUUACACAUCUGUCUAUCGCUACCAAAUGAGUCUUGGGCCGGAUACAACGAGAAAAAACUCCUCCAUAAGCUAUUAGAUCACUAUAACGUAUUAGAGCGUCCUGUUGCUAAUGAAUCUGAUCCUCUUCAAUUAAGUUUCGGUUUGACGUUAAUGCAAAUCAUAGAUGUGGAUGAGAAAAAUCAGCUGCUUAUAACUAAUAUUUGGUUAAAACUGGAAUGGAACGAUAUGAAUUUGAGGUGGAAUUCUUCGGAAUUUGGUGGGGUAAAAGAUCUGCGUAUCCCACCUCAUCGACUCUGGAAACCGGAUGUUCUAAUGUAUAACAGUGCUGAUGAGGGCUUUGAUGGGACCUAUCCAACCAACGUUGUAGUUCGGAACAACGGCAGCUGUUUGUACGUUCCACCCGGAAUAUUUAAAAGCACAUGCAAAAUUGAUAUAACUUGGUUUCCAUUCGAUGAUCAGCGAUGUGAAAUGAAGUUCGGAAGCUGGACAUACGACGGGUUGCAGUUGGAUCUUCAACUACAAGAUGACGCUGGAGGAGACUUAAGUAGUUUCAUAACAAAUGGAGAAUGGGAUCUGCUAGGUGUACCUGGAAAAAGAAACGAGAUUUAUUACAAUUGCUGUCCAGAGCCUUACAUAGACAUAACAUUUUUUAUUCUAAUUCGAAGACGUACUCUCUACUACUUCUUUAAUUUGAUAGUACCAUGUGUUUUAAUCGCGUCUAUGGCAGUUCUUGGGUUUACUCUGCCUCCAGAUUCGGGAGAAAAACUAUCACUCGGCGUAACCAUUUUACUUUCUCUCACUGUAUUUUUGAACAUGGUUGCUGAAACCAUGCCUGCUACUUCUGAUGCUGUUCCACUGCUUGGUACAUACUUUAACUGCAUUAUGUUUAUGGUUGCAUCUUCUGUCGUAUCAACUAUUCUUAUUCUCAACUACCAUCAUCGAAACGCUGAUACCCAUGAAAUGUCGCAGUGGAUACGAGUGGUAUUUUUAUGUUGGCUUCCAUGGAUUCUACGUAUGCAUAGACCUAUCGAAAAAAAAAAUAAUUUUGUAUCUUCACCGAAUAGAUCUGAACCUUCUGAACGAAGAACGAUGCAUUUUCCUGAGGUAGAAAUGAAAGAACGAUCGUCGAAAAGUUUACUAGCUAAUGUUUUAGAUAUAGACGAUGAUUUUAGGCAUAAUUAUAGGGGAGGAGGCACACCUACACCACUUCAGCCUGCGACGUUUUUUAGAAAUGUUUAUAGACAAAACGAGGAAGGCGGUAAUGGUGGUAAUGAUGGUGGUCCCCGCCUUCAAGAAUCCAUAGGUGCAAAUCAUUCAUGCAUCAGUGCUGAUUACGAGCUUGCUAUGAUUUUGAAAGAAAUACGAUUUAUUACUGAUCAAUUACGGAAAGAAGACGAUGCUGCGAACAUCACCAAAGACUGGAAAUUCGCUGCAAUGGUGGUAGACAGACUGUGCCUUAUUAUAUUCACUCUGUUCACUAUCAUCGCCACGUUAGCGGUGCUUUUUUCGGCACCUCAUAUCAUUGUAUCGUAGCCAAUCCCCGUCCCGUUCCAAAUCUCAAGCAUAUUAUUCCUAGUUCUAUUAUUCUCAACAGAUUCCCGCAUUAUAAAUACUACACACCAGCCAAAACGAAAUUAAUCGGCCCUUUUUAGUUCAUGAUAUUUACGAAAAUGUAAUCGGCUUCUUAUUGGCACAUAUAGCUCAAUAGCGUAAAUGUUCAAGAGUGGUUAAGAAAUAAACAUAAAAAUAGUGCUGUCUUCAUCAAAAUAUAAUUUGAAUUGACAACUUGCAUAAACUUAUCAGUCAAUAAAUUACCUAAAUGUCAAAAUAAAAUCUGUUUCAACCACACAAAAAAUUUAAUCCUUAGUUGUCAUAUCACAAAAAAUAAGUAGCAACGCUUAAUUGAGUUAUUCAUAGUUACAUUGAGAAUUUUUAAAUUUUUUACUCAAAUUAUUUAGGUUUUUUUUGCUAUUGGUAGCUCUUUUAUCCAUG